GGGCGAUUUUGACAGCAGCAGAGUUGUUUAGGAGACAAACAAGGACGUGUUGAAGGGGACAAUUCUUUCCCUCCUUGUUCCACUCGAACUCGCAAAGACAGCUUCUCAACGCGCGGAGGUUCCUGACGGGAUGUCGGUUUCCGAUCGGGCUGUCCAUUGUAAGUCUGAUGAAUGAUCCUCCCCCUAGUCCCGUCCCCCGUCAUGGUCGACAUGGAGAGCCACUGCCGGCCUCCGUCCCCCCUGGAGGAUUCGGUGCUGGGCAGCCCGCUGUGUGGGGACUUCAUCGGGGGCAUGGAGGAGCUGCAGGACAUCUCCCAAUCCAUCGAUGGUGAUGCCCACAGCUCCUUUGACGUCCCUGAGUACCAGUCCCAGUCCAGUAACGGCUCUGGCUCUGAAGGAUCCACCAUUCUAGAUGCUCUGACCCCAGCCUCCAGCCCAUCGUCGGGAGUGUAUGGGGCGGUUGCAGGGCAGGAAGAGUUCUCCUCCACCUCACUCAACCUGGAGUGUCGGGUGUGUGCCGACCGCGCCUCCGGAUACCACUAUGGAGUUCACGCCUGUGAGGGCUGCAAGGGUUUCUUUCGGCGGACCAUCCGCCUCAAGCUGGAAUAUGACAAGUGUGAACGCCGAUGUAAGAUCCUGAAGAAGAACCGGAACAAGUGCCAAUACUGCCGCUUCCAGAAGUGCCUGUCUGUGGGCAUGUCCCACAAUGCGAUCCGUUUUGGUCGGAUGCCCCAGUCAGAGAAGCUGAAGCUGAAGGCAGAGAUCCAGACGGGGGACAGGGAGGUGGAGGACCCCGAGCAAGCCGACCAGAAGACCCUGGCCAGGCACAUCUAUGAGGCCUACCUCAAAAACUUCAACAUGAACAAGGCCAAAGCCCGCACCAUCCUCACCGGAAAGACCAGCACUCCACCAUUUGUCAUCCACGACAUGGAUACCCUCCAGCUGGCAGAGCAGACCCUCGUUGCCAAGAUGGUGGGCACGGCUGGGGGACAUCUGCUGGAGAAGGAGGCUGAGGUCCGCAUCUUCCACUGCUGCCAGUGCACCUCCGUGGAGACGGUCACAGAGCUGACUGAGUUCGCCAAGUCUGUCCCCGGCUUCUCCAGCCUGGACCUGAACGACCAGGUGACUCUGCUGAAGUAUGGAGUGUACGAGGCGCUGUUCGCCCUGCUGGCCUCAUGUAUGAACAAGGACGGCCUCCUGGUGGCCUACGGGUCGGGCUUCAUCACCAGGGAGUUUCUCAAGAGUCUGAGGAGGCCCUUCAGCGACAUGAUGGAACCCAAGUUCCAGUUCGCCAUGAAGUUCAACGGGCUGGAGCUGGAUGACAGUGACCUGGCCCUGUUUGUGGCCGCCAUCAUCUGCUGUGGAGACCGUCCCGGCCUGGUGAACGUUGGCCACAUUGAGCGCAUGCAGGAGAACAUUGUUCAGGUGCUGCGGCUCCACCUGCUGGCCAACCACCCAGACGACACCUUCCUCUUCCCCAAGCUGCUGCAGAAACUGUCCGACCUCCGGCAGCUGGUCACUGAGCACGCUCAGUUGGUCCAGGAGAUCAAGAAAACAGAGGACAUGUCACUCCACCCCUUGCUGCAGGAGAUCUACAGAGACAUGUACUGAGACACUGAGCCCAGAAAGGAGGGUGGGGGCUGUGUCACACACCCACCUCACCCUCCAUCUUGGGGACAUGUACUGAGUCUAGAAAGGAGGUUGCUCUCCAUUUUGGGGACACAUGCGUGAACAGUCUCUCUGAAUAGUCCCACCAUGAAAGGAUUGAACCACUGGACCCCCAGAUGCAUCUUUCAGACAGGACCGGUGAGGACAAUAGGACUAUAUUCUGGGCACCUGUAGUGGGGUCCACUAUCCCCACAGGGACCUAUAUGGCCAUAUUACCUUGUGUGGAUGGGCAAUGUGAAGCUGAACUGAGUGUCCUGUUCCAGGGUUUGUCCUAACUAGGUUUAGACACCUUUGUCCAACGUCAGAAAUAAGUACACGGAUCAAAUAAUCAAUUGCUUGUUUAGAUAACAGUGGCUGUGUUUAGACAGGCAGCCCAAUUCUGAUAUUUUUUUCACUAAUUGGUCUUCUGACCAAUCAGAUCAGCUCUGAAAAAGAUCUGAUAUGAAAAGAUCUGAUGUGACUGGUCAAAAGACCAAUUAGUGGGAAAAAGAUCAGAUUUGGGCUGCCUGUCUAAAUGCAGCAUAUGAUUCAGUCAGACUAUAGCCACAAGAGUCCCUGCUAGAGGGCAUCCCUUUCCUAUACGGUACACACAUCUCUGACCUAAUCAGGCCCUUGAGUGAUGAACAGCAGGACGUAUCAACAGAAUCACCACUCCAGCAGUAUCUUCAUAACUAUGUCAUUUUGUAACGAACUUCAGAGUGAGAGAAAAUAAUGAUAAUGUUGCACACCUAUUUUGCAGUAAAGACACCCAAGCGACUUCAAUGCCGAAUACAGAUUUCAGAUGUGAGUGACUGUGUCUCACUGUAAGACAGCUUUUUAGCGAUUGGAUGUUCUCCCCCAGUGAGGUUAUGGGAUUGCAUGGUCAAUAAGGUCCUCAGGAGUGUCUGUCUCUCUCACUGCCGGUGUGUGUGUCUCUCCUAUAUUCAGUUUCCUAACACUGUACCAGGUUACUGUCCCUCAGAUGUGGCUGUAGCGGCUCAAAAUCCAACUCACAGUACAAGUAAAUGUAACAUAUUGCUUAAUUCAUUUGGGGAAACCUCUCCUGUGCGUUUCUAAGCUCUUGCUCCUGCUUAGGCUAUAACUUAUCAUGUCUAAGAAAUUUGGAUUCCUCUGGGGGAAAAAAAUGACUUUAGCUAUAAUUGUUCAUUUAACAUUUGCAUAUUUGCUAAUGUUAUCAUGAAUGAGGCUACAGAGUUUCAGUGCUCCCCAUUUAUCCCACUGAGUUUUUAGUCCUUUGCUCUUUUGGGCAAAGACCCACAGCCUCAGUUGGAGGGACACAUUAUUGGCUGCCACAGGUCUCAGUUGUUCAAACGUCAGUUACUCAUCAGUCAUACUUUGACCGAGAAUUCACUAUGUGCUUUUUAGUGAUGGUUUUCACAUACCUUGCCCUUCAUCUCAUUUUCCUCUCCUAUCUAGACCAAACUCUAACACGGAGGCUUUGUGUACAUUAUAUUCAUUUUAUAAAACCAUGGUGAAGCUCAAUGAUUUCAAAGAUUUUUUCAUUUUCAAUACUUUCACAAACAAAAGUAAACAAACUAGCAUGUCAAUAGUGUUACCCCCACCGUUCAGAACAUGGCUCCAUCAGGACAUUUGUUUGUAAGUGGUUUGAUUUCAUUCAAAACAGACUGAUUUGGAAAUGACCAAUCAGAGAUUCACUGUGUAAAUGCACCCACAACGCAACACUAAAGCACAGUGUGCUUACGAGAUAUGAUAUGAGACUCUUUUAUAUACUGUAAUAUUUGGCACUCCAUCUUGUUUUGUAUACUGGUAUUAAAGGGCUAAUAUGACUUCAAACUAUAUUCAAACCUUAACAAAGGCAGAUUGAGAGCAGAUUUACAGCAUUUUAAGCCAUUAACUAGACAGCCUUCUCUCUCUCUCUCUCUCUCUCUCCCCCCUCUCUCUCUCUCCCCCCUCUCUCUCUCUCUCUCUCUCUCUCUCCCCUCUCUCCCCUCUCUCUCUCUCUCUCUCUCUCUCUCCCCCCUCUCUCUCUCUCUCUCUCUCUCUCUCUCCCCUCUCUCCCCUCUCUCCCCUCUCUCUCUCUCCCCUCUCUCUCUCUCUCCCUCUCAUUACUCCAUAGACUAGGGUUCAGUGGGUAUUUUGAUACUAUUUACACCAGUUUUGUUUAUCUAGUAGAGAUGAAAUACUAAAGCUGCCUCAUCAAACCAGCCAUCCAUCCUUGCCAGAACUGUUGAGAAUGUUUCAAAGACAGAAUGAAAUGAUCUUUCCUGUGUGCAUGCUUUUCUGAUGGAAAGGAUAUACAGUACGUGUGUGUAUUUUCCGUGAGGGAAUGUUGUUUGUUCUUUGCUUACCGUAGCAAAUUCUCAUGAAUCCACAAAUCAAUGUUUUUUAUUGGUGUAAUGGACCUAGCUUCACUCUCUGCACCACGUUCUAUUAAUGCUUUGUACAUAGAUUCAGUGAUUAUGUGAUUGCUUUCCCCAACUAUAACCAGAGGUAUGCAAGAUACUAACUAUUAUUGGGUAUGUUUUGUAUUCCUUUUUGUCUGGUAAAUACAUUUCAAUGUUUUAAAUGGUACAGAAAUGUAGGUAUGUUUUUGAUUAAGCGCUACCUAAUUUGACAAUGUUAUAAUUGAGUUGGAUCAUAUAUAUAUAUGAGUAUAUCAGAAAUUGUUUCGUUGAAUAACUAGGCUGAAAAAUGCAAUGUAAAUAGAAUAGCUAAGUAUCUGGUGAUACAACCAUAGAUGUGAUUCCCACUGGGAACAUUCCUUUGGUUAAUUCCCACACUAGAGAGGGAGGGAGAGAGAGAGGGGGAGUUAACAUGUUCUCUAUGUGCUGUGCUUCGGUGUAGGGAUACUAAAAGCACUCAUAGCAAAUAUCAACACUUGAACGCAAAACCUUUCAUGGGUUAUUGACACUAUUUUCACUCAACAACAUGAUCUGGAUAUAUUAUUCGUCUUGAACAUGCAUAAGUAAAUCAUCAGCGUUAAGACUGAUAAUAAGCUAUCGUGGCACAGAUCCUACAUCAAUACUGCAGGUUUCCUUCUCUGCUAUGGUCUCAGGUGGAAGAUUAGGUAAUAAAGGGGAUGAUUAGGGCGUAAUUUCACUAUUCAGAACAUAAAUGCUCCAUAACUGUCUCAUUAUGUUCUUCAAGCCAAACGGUUUGUUGUUUUUGUGGCCCUACUAUAUCCCCUCUCUGUUCUGAUACAUGUACAGUAUAUAGAACAUUACACACUCAUAACUUGUCCACAAUGAACAGUGAUUUCAUCAGAAAUCAGCUAAAUGCAGUAAACAUGCAGUAUAUUGUUUAUUAGAAACUGAGUGUUUCGAGCCCUGAAUGCUGAUUGGUUGAUAUUUCAGACCAUAUACCACGGGUAUGAUGACAAAACAUGUAUUUUUACUGCCCUAAUUACGUUGGUAACCAGUUUAUAAUAGCAAUAAGACACCUCUGGGGUUUGUGGUAUAUGGCCAAUAUACCACAGCUAAGGGCUGUAUCCAGGCACUCUGCGUUGCGCAUAAGAACAUCCCUAAGCCGUGGUAUAUUGGCCAUAUACCACACCCCCUCUGGCCUUAUUGCUUAAUUAACAUGCUUCCGCUGUAUCAAGCGUUUUACUGGCUUCCCUCCUCACUCGCUGCUGUGUUCUAACUUACUGAAGUAUAAUCAUUAUAAUCAUGUCAUAUGUUAGAUGACUGAAUUUCAAGCUGCCUGUAAUGGCAGUUCUACAAUAUCUAUUGCUCUGGAUUGUCAGACCUCUGCGAAAUGCAACGCUGCUUUAAUCCACUAGAUUCUAGAAUCACAAAGUGAACAGAACACAUUAGGGAUGAAACUCAACCCGUGCCUUAACCUAUGACAUACAACACUAGACACAAUGGAGUAAAGGAAAGCUGCACACAGUUCUGUACAGUUCUGUGUCCUCCUGCCAGAAGCUGCUGGUAUGGAUAUGAUACUACACAGUACAGAGAUACACAACGAGAGGAUAUGGCGUCAUGAUAGAAUAAGGAAGGUUUCAAAAUUGUGAUAGGCAGACAGACCAUUGUUGAAUCUGUGGAACAUAACGACUGUUUGGAAUUACAUUCCUCCACAUUAGAGAGGUUGCUCUCUUGCAAUAGUGUAAAUACAAACAAGAUUAUAUAAUGGUUCAAACACGAGAGGAAAAACCCAGAGGAUAAGUUAUGUGAUUGGUAAAUUGAAGAUGACUGCUACCCUUAAGGAUCUAUAUUGUUUUGUGUUGAAUUGACAAGGGACUUUUGACAAGUAUCAGGGAAAAUAUUGUGUCCCUUAGUUUAUACUAGCUCAGGACAUAGCGAGGUACUGUUCUUUUAUUUUUCAAGUGAGUUUAUAGUGCCCUGCCAUACAGCACACAUAUAAUAAUAAUAAUAAUAAUAAUAAAUACAACUCUGCAGAGAUGAUGAGUGCAGAAGAUAUAGGAAAAGGUUUGUAUUUUGUAGUAAAGAGUUGAUGCAGUGUUUUUAUGGCUAGUGUCAUGCAAAGAGACUGAAGACAGUCUUUUGAUGCUUUGUUUAUGUAUACUGUGGCUUGGUAACAAUAAAGUACAUUUUUGAUGAAUGUUUAUCUAGUAAUUUAAACAACAAAACAAGUUGACUUUGAAUAAAUUCACAAAUAAAAAUUAUUUAAAAAAAA